GGCCUCUGCUCGCUCUCUGUUUCUUCUUGAAUCAUACAAUGAUUACAGCUCGUCCUCUGCUGGAGGACGGAGGGAAGUGCACAGGUGCUGUUCUUAUUAUGAUCACCUGACACGAGUUUGUUUCCCGUUUUCUUUCUCUCUUGAAUUUGCAGCGGCUGCAAAGCAAAGCCGAGGUAAGCUGCUGCGUUUCACCAAUGCUGCUGUUUCACAGUCCUCCAGGCUUCUUCAACACCGAGCGGAAACUCAAAGGCUGCAGCUCCUGAAUGACUCGGCCGUGAGCUCUCUGUGUGUGUGUGUGUGUGUGUGUGUGUGUGUGUGUGUGUGUGUGUGUGUGUGUGUGUGUGUGUGUGUGUGUGUGUGUGUAGACAUGGGGAGGCAUUUCCACAGCGAGGUCGACAUUAACAGUCCAUGGCAUCAGGUGCUGGCCGCCUUCUGGCAGCGCUACCCUAACCCAUACAGCGCCCACGUCCUCACAGAGGACGUCCUGUACCGCGAGGUCACCCCCAGCAACCACCUGUUAUCACGGCGACUGCUGACCAAGACAAACCGGCUGCCGGGCUGGGCGGAGCGUGUGUUCCCCGCUCACUUGGCCCGGGCCGUCUACGUGUUGGAGGACUCCAUCGUGGACCCGCAGACGCACACGUUCACCACCAAGACCUGGAACCUGAACCACAACACGCUGAUGACGGUGGUGGAGCGCUGUGUGUUUGAGGAGGACGGCAGUCGGCCAUCUUGGACCAAACUCAGGAGGGAGGCCUGGAUCCUUUCGGCCGUCUGCGGCCUGGCCCGGCCCAUACAGGAGUUUGGUCUCGCCCGGUUUAAGAGUAACCAAGUCAAAGCCAUGAAGGGGCUGGAGUUCGCGCUGUCCAAGAUACAGACUGAGGCCACCCCUCAUCUCCAUGGCGACCAGGGUGAGUCAUCAGAGAAGCACAAGCCCCCGCCACCACCACCAACACAAGCCACGCCCACCUCUUCCCAGAAGCCCAAGCAGUUCGUCUGAACUUCCUCUGCCGUAACAGUAGAAAACCUGCACCUAUUGAUCGGACUAGUCGAUACAGAGGGGGCGGGGCGUCACGUCACCCUCAGCCGUGAUUGGUCGGAAGCGACCAGUAGAGAACAGCUUUUAAAUGUGACUGAAGCGGAGCGGAAACUAAUUGAUGUUAGCUGCUGUCAGUUGUCGUCUCCUGAAAUACAAUCGUUCCCAGAAUUCCUUGGAACUGGUUUAAACUGUCUUAGUAAAAAAAACGUUUUUAUUUUUUUAUUUAUUAACUGUGGUUUUUAUUCCUUUUCAAGAUGAUUCUGUUGUAUUUAUUUACUUUGGGGGGUUAGUUCAUGUGGAGUCAAAGUCUCACACCAGAGGUUUUGUUAUUUGAGUGUGACCUUUGUAAGCAGUAUUGUUAUAAUAUUAUUAUUAUUGUUAUUCUGUUGAAGAUCUCCUUAGACUUGUAUUUUUUACAUUUAAUUUUUUACUUUGUUAUUUUAUUUUAUAAUAUGUUUUAAAUAAUUUUAGUCAUUCCACUAAUAUUUUCUUUGUCAUUUAGCAGAUGUGUCACUGGAAAGUCUUUCUUGCUGAAUUUGUCAGAUCAGAGCUGUUUAGUCUUAGAUUGUUGUACAGAUGCAUGUUUCAUGUGAACAUUUCCUUCAGUCAGGAACCUGUUACCAGAUUAGCUAAACAGGGUUUUCCUCAGCUCCUGAUAUUAAACUUUCAAGUUGUAAUCCUUAA